AAUCAAUUUUUUUUAUUUGUUCCAGGUCCGAGAGGAUGGAAACUGAAAGCAACAAUGACCAGUCAUCUACAGCUAGUGAUUUUCCCUUAAGAAAAACAGCAUCUGAGCCAAAUUUGCUGAAAGUGCGUUUAAAACAGCGGGUUAUGGAACGACGCUGUAGUCCAAUGAGCAAACGUCAUCUGCCGCCGUCGCUGAAGAAGAAGCUGUUGAGCACGUGUAUGCCACCUAGCGAGUCGCCGCCCCAAGAACCGCCCAAAGAAUUCAGUCCGCCGUGUUACGAUCCCGGCUCUGAUAAUUGUCAAGGUCACGUUCUCUUCAGUUCACCCUCGAUGCCGAACAUCUCGUUGGCAGCCCAUCACGUACUCAGUCCGCCCGAUCUGUCGGAGGCGGCAGUUCGGGCGGCCUGUACUGCCCGUCUCGGAAUGCCCCUGACAGGUCAGAUGUUGCCCGGUACCUUGCCCUUUUAUCCUUCGUUACCAGCUAUAGAUAGCGAACACGAGGACAACGCGCCCCUGGAUACUAUCAGCGAGCUGCAAGAACCAACGACGGCGGUUCCGCGGGGUGUAAUCCGCCCCCUGGGACGCACGCAAUCGUCACCACUACCACUUGGGCAUCCGCUUUUGGAAGGUGGAGCUGCAGUACCGCCGCAAACACUUGCUAUACAACCUGCUCCUGUACCACCUGAAGAAAACGAGCAGAGAGACGCAGAAGUUCAGGGAACGGAACCUCGGAGUAUACGACCGCUGUCUCGUGCGUUGAGCAGCCCGGUGGUACAUCUCGGAGCACCCGGACCGCCAACAAUAACCCGACGCCGUGCCUCGAGUACUCCUACAACCGGCCUCGCUUUCGAUAGUCAAAUGUUGAAACACGCGUGCAUUUGUGGUAACAACGUUUUGCACCCCGAACACGCGGGCCGUCUUCAGAGCAUUUGGGCAAGAUUAUUGGAAACCGGGUUGGUGCAACGUUGCGACCGGCUGCGACCACGUAAAGCAUCCACCCAGGAAUUACAGUCGUGCCAUUCGGAAGCCCACGUACUACUUUAUGGUACAAGUCCUGUGAACAGGUACAAAAUGGACAUCAGCAAAUUGGGAACGUUGCCUGUGACCGCGUUCGUCAGAUUACCGUGCGGUGGUAUUGGUGUCGAUUCGGACACCACAUGGAACGAAGUGUAUACGGCCCCAGCAGCUCGAAUGGCCGUCGGAUGUACCAUAGAUCUGGCUUUCCGUACGUGGACUGGAGACAUAAGGAACGGUUUUGCGAUCGUACGUCCACCCGGUCAUCACGCAGAGCCCCAGCAAGCUAUGGGUUUUUGUUUCUUUAACUCGAUCGCCAUCGCAGCUCGCAUGCUUCAGAAAGAACAUCGCGUCCACAAAAUACUCAUCUUCGACUGGGACGUACAUCAUGGUAACGGGACACAGGAAGUUUUUUACGAUGAUCCACGCGUACUUGUCAUAUCGAUGCAUCGGCACGACGACGGUAACUUUUUUCCGGGCACCGGGAGUCCUGCAGAGUGCGGCGCUGGCGCUGGUCUCGGUUUCAAUGUGAACAUAGCAUGGUCGGGUGGCCUGAAUCCACCCCUCGGUGACGCCGAAUACUUGGCCGCGUUCCGGAGCAUCGUGAUGCCUAUUGCAAGAGAAUUCGGCCCUGACAUCGUCCUCGUAUCGGCGGGUUUUGACGCUACCGAAGGGCACACACCUCCGCUGGGCGGAUAUCGUGUUUCUCCUGCUUGUUUUGGAUACAUGACUCGUCAACUUAUGCAAGUGGCGAACGGUCGCGUUGUCCUCGCUCUUGAAGGCGGCUACCAUCUAGCAUCAAUUUGCGACUCAGCCGAAGAAUGUGUCCGCGUGCUUUUAGGAGACGCGCCAUCUCCCAUUAGUGCCACGGAAUUAACGCGACCUCCAUGUCCUAAUGCCGUUGCCGUUAUUCAAAAGGUCAUCGGAAUACAGUCUAUGCAUUGGCCAUGUUUACAGGAAAUUGCGAAAACGGCCACAUGUUCCUUUAACGACGCAUUACGCAACGAGAAGGAGGAUAAAGAUACAGUGACCGCGAUGGCGAGUCUCUCCAUGCAACAGUCGGCAGCGUCCGUGCUCGUCAGUUAUCCCCGACCACCCGAAAUCUCCCAUAGCUAAUUUGUUGGUUCUCCCAGGAGGACUCUUGAACAUUCCCGCUGUCGCUUCAUGUGACCGCCUUUUAUUCUCUAAGAACAAAUUAUCGUGUGUUUUAUUUUUGUUAUUAUAUUGAAAUUUUUUAAUAAAUAAUUUUAUUUACAUUAAAAGACGAAACGUUUAUUUGGACAUUAAAAUUUGGGAAGUAAA